AUGUUGCUAGAGGAAACCAGGCCGCCUUCCUCAAUUGAGGUUUACUUUGCACGGUGUCUUGGCUUUGCCCUUCUCACUAUCGCUAUCUUAACCGUGAUGCUGACGGGCUCCAUACCAUUAACCUCCAGCGUAGUCGUGGAGCCAGUGACGGCGGAAGAUUCAGAUCCGAAGGCUCCAUAUGCUGUACCCACGUUGAUGGUGACAACAGUAUCCCACAGUGUCUCAGCAUUCUAUGCGUAUUCGCGAUGGCUAGCCUCGGACCAGAUUGCCUUUGGGAUUGGAAUGGUGGGAUACUCUGUGCUAGCGGCCGUGGGCCUAUGGUGCAUCCUAUUUGCAAGUAGCAAUGGGAAAAUUAGCCGGAAGACGGGGGCAGACAAGAGAACCGCCGGAUUUCCGUUCAGGAACCAAGAGGCGCCCAAGAAACAUUCUGGCAAGAAGAGUUCCUGA